UCAAGAGCUAUUUCAAAAUAAUUCAAACGUUUCGCGACUGUUCACCAGUACGGACGUCCAAUCCAAAACCUUAGGUUCUCCGACUAAGCUGAUCAUUUCAACUCCCAUUUUUCCAUUUCUUUUUUCUGGUAAAAGUUCUUGCCGAAGGUGUUUGCUUCCUGCUAGCAAUUGGAGUGUUUGAAGAAGGUGGUGAAGGCGUGACUUUGUGCUGACGGGAAAGGCUUCCGAAGCGAUAUCCUGUUUUGUCGCGGAAGUAUCCGGUUCAAGUGAUCUCGCGUGCGGGCUUUUUGUGGUGUGAACCAAAACCGGAAUCGAGUGUAACGUCCGCUGAUAGGCUGAUAUUGUGAUCCGAACCGAAAAAAGCUUUUCUCGCGUGUGCAUAUUGUCGUAACAACUCGGAGUUCAACAUGUUGGAAAAGGAACCGGAUUCGAUGGCUGUCACCAUGAAGCAGGAUUAUGCAGCUAGCGAAGUCUACAGCACUACGAGCGAGGCGCCACCUGCAUACAAAAUCCGCCAGGCCAACUCGGUCAAGAUUGCCCGGAUUGUGGCCGUCACGGUAAUCCUGUCGUCCUGCAUCCUGGGGUCGUUCAUGCUCGCUUCGACGUACCUGCAGGCGAAGCAGUCCUGCGACCAGAUGCAAACCCUGGAUGCCGUCCUCAACAAGGAACUGAUGCUGGAGGCGAUGCAACAGGAACUCCCCAAAGCGCAAGCCUUGAUGCAAGACAACCUAUCGGUGGACGAGGCCAACCUGCAGAGCAUCGACCGGGAAGAGAAGCAGAAGAAGCCCACCGGCAAGCCAGAGGAGAAGAAGGAAUCGUCCGAGAGCACCGACUCCGAAGACGAUGACGAAUCGGCCGCCGAUGGAGAGAGCGACGAGAGCGCCGACAUGAACUCCAACAACCGGGUUCGGGUUAAGCUGCCGCUGGAUCUGGAUCUGUCCGAGCUGGCCCACACCAUGCUGCGCGAUAACCACAAGUCCAAGAUGAACUGUGUCGUUGAGCGACGCCGAUCGGAGGAAAUGGUUGACUCGCCGGCCAAGACCAUGCGAUUGCCCUUCGGAAUGGAGUUCAACACCGAACCCAAGAAGCAGAAGGUUACCGGAGAACGUAUUGCCAUCUUCUGCGAAACCGGAAACGAACCAAAGAAUGAAGACGCUGAACCCGUGCGUCAAGUCCUGAUCCCCAUCCCACCGAUCCGCUCGUUCGGCCCCAUCACUCACCUGCCCCAACAGAUGCCCCCACAACCGAUGAUGCGCCAAAUGGCCCGACCAAUCUUCCCCAUCCCAAUGAUGAGUCAUCACCAGCAGCCCCAGCAGAUGCCUCCAGUCCCAGCCCAGAUGAUGCAAGCUCCCCAUCCCGAGAACCCCAUGAUCCGUCCAGCCUUCCACGCUCAACCUCAACCGAUGAUUCAUAGCCCACAGCCUCAGCAGCCACAGUCUACCUUCCCACAGCAGAUGCAGCCACCACGUGCCGAAGUUCGCAUCCAGUUCCAGCGCAUCCCGAUUCCGGAAGCCAUCCGACCAUUCCUGCCCCCACAGGCUCUUCGCAACGGCCCAGAACAACCCGAAGUUCAAAUCCGUGAAGUGCCCCUGGAGAUGGCUCUGCAGAAGGUUGGACUGUCGGCCGAUGAGCUGAAGGACAUCCACGAAAUCGCCGCCCAAAAGUUCACCGAACAACUGAAGCAACUGAUCGGAGAGAUGGCUGAUUCGGAAGAAAGUAGCGAUGAGGAGACCGAUUCGUACCGCACUACCCCUGCCCAGGAGCCCGCCUCGCAGCACUCCGAGGAACGGGAACUCCAGGAACAGCAGCCUCCCCGCCCACAGGAACAAGAGCCUCAGGUACACAACGUUGAACCACAGAUCCUUCCCAUGGGACGUGCCCAGUAUGCUCGAUCUCUGGUCAACCCUAUCAACCUUCCCGGAAAGGUCGUAGAGUCGUCCCUAUCCGUUUCGUCUGACGAGGAUGCGGAACGUCCACACUACGUUCAACCACGAUCGGUCUAAGCACGGAUCGUAAUCAAACGCGCCAAUGUUUCCAUUCCUGAAAACAGCGAAACAUUCCAGCACGUUUGCACAUGUGAUUGUAAAAAUUAAACAGAUGUUUUGAAGAAAGUUUAUACAAAAGAUAAACCCAAUCGAUAAGUAUUAGCCAGAAGCGAGGGAGAAGAAGAGAAUGAACAAACAUACAAAUCAACGAGAAAAGAUUGUGAAUGUGUAAAUAAUUGUUAGAAACUUUCAAAACCAACCAAAACAACCAAUCGUUCCAGAACUAAUGAGCAAUCAACAAACCUAAAUCCACAAAUGCCACAAAAGAUGUCAGUACAUGAGUGCAGAAUCAGCAAAACAAUUGAAACAAAAAGAAAACUGAAAAUCUUUUUUUAUUUUGCUCUAAAACACAACAACUGAAAGGUUUCCUAAAUAUGUAUUAAAAAGCUAGUAGAGAGUAGUGAAAAGAAA